AUGUCUUUGACAAUGCAACAAACUCGUAGGGAAACUUCGGGGCAUUUGCCUCACAAUUCCGGUGCCGUGAAAACUAGUCGUUCAGUUGCAGCUAGUUCGGUUGGUACUGGUACAUCUGGUAGUUUUUCGUCAACUUUUGGUGCAAGGGGGACCAGAAACGCAAGUUCCUCUACUAGAAGAACUCUACCUCACGGACCAGGUCCUCUACCUGAUAAACCUUCAAUGGAUAAAGCAGGAGUAAGAUAUGUCGCCCAAAGUAAUUCUAGUCGCAAUCAUGCAGGUACCGCUAGAGCAUCAUACUUGUCUGAUACUUACAGUAGAAAAUCGAGUACAUUGGAAUCUCCGAAAACGCAGCGGAAAGUUUCAGGUGACUCUGGUUACGGAAGCUCCAAUGGAAAGGAAAGGAUAGGUAGUUACAGAUAUGGAGAACUGUCAAAUGGACGAAGGUCGAAAUCGCUCUCGAGUUUGGGACCUAAGGAAGAUCUCUAUACACAAAAGAGAGAUCGUGAACUAGAUAAAUACCAAACUAGGCAUAUGUACACUCAGAGAAACACAAACUCCAAACCAGGUUUAAAUGGGAGUAGUAUUUCAUAUAGCAGUGGUAUUUAUGGAUCUACAACGCAUGCCGAUUACAGAGAUCCUCGGAAUGAAAUAAUUUCAACACGGAAUAGCUAUGGGACUAAGUACGGACAAUCGUAUUCCUCGGAAAAAUCAGUAUCAAGCAGGAGCAGUUACAGUAUUGGGCAUGUGGACACAGCUAGAAAAAGUGCCAUAACUGCUCUGCCAGGAUCAGAAAUGAAGUGCGCGAGACAAUCGUCGUUUAGUUCCUCAAAUUCGUCCCCAUCGAACUCGGUGAGUUAUGUGACAACUUUCGUUCUAAAUUUGCACAACAUUUAAUUCAUUUUGUAGUUAUUGCGAAAGUUAGUAAACCCCUAUGGUGAUAACAAUGAUCAUGGGAAUAAUGAAUUAUAUUAUUUAUUAACAAUGAUGAUAACAAUACCAAGUAUUUUGUUUCUGAUAAUGAUUAUAAUAAAAGUGAGAGCUCUGUAAGGAUGUGUCAUUUGAGCUUAAAGAGUUCACUCUGGUAAAGGGCUAGCACUCUAAACAUCAGCUUUGGAAACUUUUUACAGUGGGCACCAUGAGUGACCAAGAAUGAAUUUCUCCUUACUAUAUCAACUCAAUAUCAACCAGAUAAGUAAUGAGAAUAAAGAAAAAUAUCAAUUUGGCGAUAAUUAGUUGAUCCAAUACUCAAUUCUCUCAACUAACAUCGUAAGAAUUGUAUGGUUGACAGUAAGGAGAAUUACAAAUUUGGUCUGGGAGUUAAAGGGUUAACUCAGUCAAUGAAAACAGAUAUCUUGUACUACCCCCCAUCAACACAGAACUACAGUUUCUAUAGAAACUUUCAUAACCCCCUUAAAUGUUUUGGCUCAUUUCAUUUUCAGUAGGUCAGUCAUGAAGGCACAAUUUUUCCCUUUUCUCAGUUUCAGCAAUCUGUUGUUCAGUCUUCUACAGAGGAUUAUUAAUUAUCCUAGGAAUCCACAGUAGAGCUAUCCAGUGAAUUACUGUCAAAUUUUUUAAAAUAAAUUCAUUUGGAAUUAAAAAUCUCCCAUUAACCAUGAAUUAAAUGCAUUGAAGUGCAACUUCUUCUUGAAGAAAUUACAAGCAAACAGGCUUGAAGUUAUGUGGACAUUACUUCUCUGUAACAUAUUGAUAAAUUGCAAAAUAGACACAUGAUAAGACUGUAGAAAUUAUAUUUGCUUCAGAAUUUUAAUUUUGAUCAAGCAUUAAAUUUUCUUAAAGUUAUCACUUAAUUUCAAAGAGAAUUUAUGUCAUGGUCAUGGAUAAGAUUACAGCAAAUAAUUUAGAUUCAGUCUGACCUUUUUGAAGUAUAUGAUUGUGAUAAAAAAAAAAUUUGUUCAAGCUAGUUUGGAAUUUUAAAAUUUUCCACAAGAAAAAAAAAGAAUUUACUGCAAAAAAAAUUGUUUUCAAACAACCUACGGUUUGUUACUCAGACAAACAGUGUCUUCAAUGCUUAAUUAUUUAUCGAUUUGUCUCAUCUUUUUUUUUGGAUUGAAAUCUGCUUCCUAGAAUUCUUUUCUUUUUUUUUCCUUUUUUUCAUAAAUCUAAUUUUGAAAUCAUUUAGAAUGUCCAUUUUUCUCUUUUACGCCUUCAACAUGGUAUGUUUCUGCUUAGGAAUGAAUUGUUUUGACAUUGUUUAAUUAAAAUACCCGUCAAACAUGACUAAUUUAUUUAUAUAAUUUAUACCUAUGACUACAUUCAUUUUGAAUGGAACUUUGCCAGGUUUGGCAAUAAUAUACCUGUUAUACUCAAGUUUCCAUUUUCAUGGCAAUGCUAUCUGGUUUUUUUUUUCUUUUUAAACCAAUUUUCUCCUGUUUAGAUGUAAUUUUUGGAGUCAGGACAGAUUUUCUAAUUUCACUGUCAGAGCAAAUUUCUAAUGUAUCUUGUGGCAAAACACAUUCUGCCAGAAGAGGUUGUAAUUAUGUUAUUUGCUUGUUUUGAUGAGAAAUUGAAUCAUCAGCAAGGAGAGGGAUAAACCGUGGCUUUUGGAUGUGAAUAUCUUUUUACAGUGGGAGUUUAUUUCUGUUUGUUGUGGGUCCUGUUGGUGAAAAGAAAUCUGUCCUUAAGGAAAAACGUAUGCUUUCACUCCUGAUUUUAUUCUGCACUGCAUGUUGACAACCUCUGAUUUUGAAUCUAUCUAAUGUUUAGCAGCUUCUGUUAUGUACAGAUUUGAAUUAUUGAAAUUCUCAUAUAGUGAAUUGCUGAAAGGAACUGUCAAACAUGUCUGUUUUAUCUUUUAGCCUACAGGAAGAGGCAGUUCUGAUGGGUUAGUUGGUCUGCGUAAUCUAGGAAAUACAGUAAGUAUAUUUUUUAGAAAUGAUAUGACCUAACUGAUCUCAACCAGUAUCAGAUAUCCUAAAUAAUUGAAAUCUUUCAUACUUUUUGACAUUCUCAGAGAAACUUUGUCAAGGCAACUUAUGAUUUUGUGCACUUUUUCUGCAGUGUUUUAUGAAUUCCAUCCUCCAAUGUUUGAGUCACACACAACCCUUAACUGAACAACUGUCAAAAGGCUCUCACCUGAAGACAAUUAACGGCAACAGUUCCAUGAAGGGCAAGCUUAUUCACGGUAUGCCCAUUGACAUUAUUAUAAAUAAACAAUAGUCUUUAUUUGACGCAAAGAUUUGCAAGGAUAUUAAUUUUGUCCACAGACAUAAUCUGUUUCAAGAUGUAAACAGUUUUCCAAGAGCAAAACUGGAGGAAAACUGUGUGCUUCAAGGAACAGAUAAUGUCCAAGGACAAAUUUACAAGCAUGUUUUUGAGCAAAAUGGAGGUAAGGUUGUUGAUUUUCCUUCAAAUAUUUUGCAAUGCACUUGAAAAAUUGUUUACAAACAGCUUAUUGUUUGCUGCAUAAGCUUGUUUGAGUGUUCUCUUGUAAAACUUUACGAAAAAGCAAAUAUUUCCCCUCUUCUGUAACAACCACAAAACAACUUAUUGCAGUGACUUAAGGUUUGAAAAUUGGGGAAUAUCAGUUAAGUGAUAUCUUUGGAUAAGACCCCCAGUUUUAGCAGGGGAAUAUUAGGUCAUGAGAUGUGUUUUGACCAAUGGUGCACAAGCAAAAAUAUUUGAUGGAUUAUCAACUAUGAUAUUGGUUUUUAUCACAUAGUGUAUGCAACAGCAAUGUUAUUAUAUCAUAGCUGUGUAUAAUUUUGUUAACUCUUUCACUCUCAACAUCUCAUUCUUGAUUCUCUUUACCUUCUGCAAUACAAUUCUCAUGAUAGCUUGGAGAAUUUGGUAUCAGAUCAACCAGUAAUUGGCUGUGUAUUUUAUUGAUAUUGUUAAGAGAAAUUCUGUCUUGGUCACUUCCAAUGCAGCAAAAGUUUCCAAUUUGGAAACCUGUGUUCAGCAAUCAUGUUAAAAGCAUGAACAUUUGACUGCUUUAGAAGAACGUUUGCAUAAAAUAAUUUGUGAUGCUACAACAAAUGUCCAUCUGGGUGUAUUUUUCUUUUGGAGAGUACCUGUUGUUGGUUAGAGUGUCACUUUGGUUUGGAAAAAUUGUGGCAAGCAUUUUGAUAGUUAUUACAAGUUUCCAUGAUUUAAGUGGCAAUUUUCCUAGCAAUUAAAAUUAUUUCCUCAUCCCCAUUCUAUGAUUUUAAUUUGCUUUUUGCUUUAAUCUCUUGGUUUGAACAAUAUUUUCAUCAAGCUUUGCUUGAUUUUUUCCACAGCUUUUGCAGAUCUGAUCAAAUCCAUGUGGAAGCAUGGUUACACUGAUGCAGUGUCUCCGCAUUCUUUUAAGACUCAGAUUCAAAGAUUUGCCCCUCGAUUUAUGGGAUACAAGUGAGUCAAAUAUUUGUAUUGUUACUAUUAAGCAACUCACUCCCAACGUGUCUUCGUAGUUCAGUUAGUAUUAGUGCCCACUUUUAUGCGGGGGGAGAAUAAAGGGGGGCAAGUUUCUAAAGAAACUGUGGUGCUGCGCCAGUGGUAGAGUAGAACAGGGUAAUUUAGUAUAAGUAGCUAAGUUGAUAACGUAAAUUAGCUACCAUAAAGAAUUUCAAAGCUGACGUUUUGCGCAUCAGCCAUUCAUCAGAUAUGUGGGAGGUACAGGCUUGAAUCUGCAAUUCUAAUGAAAUUUAUUUCAUUACAAGUUGAUGUUAUUAUUAAUAUUGUUAUUAUAAAUACUAUUUUCCUAUACAUGUAUAUAUAUUUAUAUAUAUCAAGAAAGGCAUCUAUCUGUUUCAUUUUUUAUAUGCUGCACUUCCAUACCGACAAACAGACGAAUGACUGAAACAGAGAGUUUAAAUGAGAAGGCAAUUUAAUGUGAUCAAGAAGAGAAAAAAAAUUCUUCUACAAACAUUAAAAUAGAAACCUGGUAGAGAAAAGAAUUGUAGCAUGUUGAUGCUGAUGUUUUAAACUAAGAUGAGAACAAAUUCGGAUUCAAUUUUAAAUUAGCAUUACUGAAUACAUGUUAUCACUAAAUAUCUUGUGUCACAGUUUGUAAGCAGUUUGCAAAAAGUAAAAUUAUGUACAAGACGUUUUAAGUUAUUUAAUUCAAUUGUUUUUUUUAUAUAUAUAGCCAACAAGAUGCACAGGAAUUUUUACGCUUUCUUUUGGAAGGACUUCACGAUGACUUGAAUCGAGUCAAAUCCAAGCCAAAGUAUACCCCUUGUGAAUUUGACGACUCACUCAGGUAAUCAUCCUUUUGAACUUUAAGAGUGACCAGCGUCUAAUUUCUCCUUCAUUAAAUUGACGAGAGUAAAGAAAAUUAUCAUUAUUUAAAGAAGCUCUCGAUUGUUCAACAAAUUCUCCUUGUCAGUGCCAUAAGAAAUGUGUCGAGAACAGCAUGGGGAAGAUACAUAUUGAUACCAACCUGGUGUCUCUACGCAGCGCGUGUGAUUACACAAAUUAGCCAAUCACGUCUAAGAACUCUGACCUUGGCAUAGAAAACUGACGUACACAUUUUUCGAGUUCUUUUGCUGUUUGUUUUAACUUAGUUUAGUUGGUUGUUUUUUGAGCUUUCGUCAGCGCAAAUUUGUUACCCCUUUGAUUUGAAUUUUAAGAAGGUUUGGAGUUUUUAUUUUAGUCAACUGUUGUGGUGUAUUUAAUAAGGUUAAUACUUAUUUUAUACGAAAAAGCCUCAUUUCGCAAAUGGUUUUUUACAGUGUGGGUAUUCUUACUUUUCUCUCAAUUGGUUUUUUAGUCACCGACAGAAUGCAGAGAAGUCAUGGAAAAGUUAUCUUUCACGAGAUGACAGCUGGAUGACUGGUGAGUCAGCUGAGGUUAUUUCUUUGGAAACAUUGGAAUGCACAUGUUGACGGCCCAUAAUUUUAGUUGCGAUUCGUUCGUGUGCGCUUAAAAAGUUGCAACUUUUUGUUAUGAUGCGGGCUAAAUAUAGAAUUACCCUGUAAAUGGACGUUUUUUUGUAAAGGGUACAAGACCCUUUUUUGUUCUCUCUUACUUUGAAAUGAAUAUCAGCUUCAGUUCCUGUAAAAUAAAAUUAGUGAAUUUGAAACUCCUGAGUAGAAUAAGAGACAAGUUGUCACUAAUAAUAUGAACUUUGCAGCGCUUGUGAAAUAUCCUCGUUGCGUAUAUUUUAAGAUAUAUUCAAGACUUGUAACCCACGGUUGCAUUCUAAAACUGAAGUCUCACGGAGAUUAAACAACCAAUUUCAGUGCAAGAAAUGUUAGUAAUCGUUAGGAAUGCCAUUUUUGCUAUUUACAGGACGAAGAAAAAAUGUUCUGGAGCAUGAGAGUGGUUUGAAGUAUUCAUUGCUGUUCUUGUUUCAGAUCUUUUCGUGGGACAGUUGAAAAGCAUGUUGAAAUGUUGUCAUUGUGAUUACACGUCAGUCACCUUUGACCCGUUCUGGGACUUGUCACUUCCCAUACCAAGGGUAAGUCGCCCAGCUGAUUCAAAGAAGAAGCAGUAACAACCGAAAAAAAAAAACAGAACUUAACGGUCUUAAGUGUCGUCGAUCUGCUAGGGAACCUCUACUACAAUUCUAUUUAGAAAAUGGAAUUGUCUUAAAUCGGAUAGAUGUAGUACUUAGGACGAAGAGUUAGCAGCACACAAUAUUUAUUCUCUUUGGCUGUGAUAAGUCAAACUUUAAAAAAAAUGCAUAUUAUUACUUUACAUACAAUUUUUCUUACCAAAAAACGUUCAAUAAAGGAAACUGAUAUCUAAGCUAAUGCUUCCAGAUCUGAUUUGCUUUCAAAUUUUUGAGGGCUAUCUGUUGUAUGCCGAAAUUAAAUACUCCAUACUAGUAAAAUACUCCGUCUGAAGAACUCUAUCAGUGACAUGCGGCGAAUUUAGUUUGAACAGUUCCGUGUCUUUCAUGUUUAUUCGUCACGAAAAUAAGCAAUGAAGAAAUAAGCAAUGAAGAAAUAAGCCAUAUAAAAGUUUUAUGUUCCUUAUUUAUUCAUUUUGUAUAUCACUCCUGUGCUUAUUAUUUAUUUAGGAAUCAGGGUUCCGUUUCUCGAAGGUUCCGAUAACUUAACGGGCCUGUAAAGCUGUUGUGAUUUUCAUUCCAUGCGGGGUUUCAAAGGUUUUAAAAAGCAUACAAAAAAGCUUUCAGCCUUAGAAAUAAAACGAUUGGUUAGGGUGCCAGAAACUGCUUGUUUAUCGUUCAAAUUUUGAUGUUAAAAUAUAGUCACGGGCCCGUUAAGUUACGGGGACUUUCGAGGAACGGGUAUCAGGUUAUGAAAACGUAAAGUCGUCAAUGGUAAAACGUUGACUCUACUCUAUCACGCUAGCUGAGGAAGAGAACAGCAGAUAAAACUCCUAUUGUUGCGACCAUGACAGGACUAUUUCCUAUUGUUCUCUUCAGAAAUCCCGCCAUUCAUCAUCAUCAUCUUCUUCAUCGUGGUCCGGAAGGCGAUCCAGUGGGGCAAAUGACAGCGAGAUUACCAUUAGAGACUGUAUCCUUACCUUCACCAGGGAGGAAGUAUUGGAUGGCGACGAAAGACCAGUAAGUACGAAACAAAAUUGUCUGUAAUUUCCAAGGAAAUAAGUUGCCUUAAUAAUGGCGACCCAAAUGAUUAUGGUUCAGUUUUACUUGCCAUUUGCCAGGUUUGUUCUUUUAUGUGCGGGAAGAUAGUUAUUAAGACAGAGUUUAAGAUCCACGUUUGGUGUGUUCACCGCAAACGUCAAACAGCGGCCAGCAGUUUGUUUUUAGAAGUUAGAAGUUUCGUGACUUUCAGCUUUUUAGAUCGAAGUCGGCUUUCACCUGAAAAAAAAAUCAACAUGAGCGCUGCCAUCUUGAAUUACACAAAGGAUGGGGGUCCUUCAUUUCAAACACAAAAUGUGGCUAUAAGAUUGGUUUUCUAGUGUCCCAAACGGAUAGGUUAUGAAGAAAAGACUUCAAUUCACAUAUUAUAGGACAUGCAUGAGAACUUUCGAACAGGAAGAGAAAAAGCGUCAGGGGAGUUCAACUUCCCGAAACUGCCUUGCCCGAAGUUCAAACGUAGACCGCAAACGGCGCACGUGACCGCUAGAGUCUGGUCACGUGACUCGUAGACGUUUGCGGCCACACGUAUUCAGAAACAAACGUGGAUCUAAAACUCCCUGGUGAUUUUCUUAGACAUGAGGCUCGAACCUUCUACCUUCGUAUUCGAGUGGAGUCGGUAUAUCAAUUUUGCUAGGUACGCAGAGCGUACGAAGUGGCGAUUGUAUUAAAAUUAAUCUGAUGCACGAGUAAUUCAUGUGAUUAUUCUAGUAAUUUCCAGCCCAAGUCCUCCGUUCGUCACAAUUUUGGUAUCGACAACAGCUGUUCAUUAAACCCUUCUGCAACACAUUGCUUUUUUGCUGUUAUAUUCUACAACGAUACAACGGCAGGCACAUGCAGUCAUAGACUGCCUUUUAUUUCAGGGGGUUGUUCUUCACAGUUACCCAUCCCUGAUCAUAAUACACAAGUUAACUUCCGAUCUCCAGCCAUUUAAUAUACGUUUUUCUCUCUCAGACUUGCGACAAGUGUAAGGCCAAGAGGAAAUCAACGAAGAAAUUCUCAAUACAAAGAUUUCCGCCAAUCCUUGUUCUUCGUAUCCUUUCUCUGUCAAUAUGUCUUGUUUUUGUGUACGAUGGAAACUCAGUUUAGGAGGCUCUCUUGAGGAAAUGAAAAAGAGUCCCCUGUAUAGAGGUGUCCCUUCAAUGAAGGUGAUUAAGUACUGCUAGAGGAGUUGGGACCCAAGUUUGUGUCCCUGAAGGUGCCUUAAAAAUAGGUUCCACCGCACCAGCUAGAGAGCAACGUAACGGCUGUUUGUUUGAUGACCGUUUUUUUUUUAGUUUAAUAUUUAUUUAACUACCAACAAACUGGGCAUCUAGUUAAAGAUAUGUCUAAAGUAAGCGUUUUUUUUAAUUAUUAUUUUAUUUCAAUUUCUUUUGAAAUCAGUCUCUGAUCUUGAGAUUUGACCUUAAUGUCCAUUUCAACAGAUUUAAAAAGAUUCUCAGGUUUCAGUUUUCGAUCCAAGCUACAGACGAAUGUAGAAUUCCCUUUAUCCAAGCUGGAUCUCUCUGAAUUUGCUGCCGACAGCCAAGGUAAGAACCUCACGAGUAUUUCGUUCUGUUGGAACGUUCGUCAGCCAUCGAGAAACCGAAAACUUGUUGGGACGCUAAAUAAGCGCUGUCAGUUUUAACCAUAAAUUUAUGAACUUAUGUCUACGAGUCCGUAUUUGCACAGUUCGAAAACAUUUGCUGCUCAUUUGGCUGUUAAAUGAAAACCAGUUUUGAAGUCAAAAACCCUUUUGACAAGUUUGUCGUGGUUUUGUCGACGUUCAAUCUCUUGUUGUCUCAAAGAGCUUCCGGGGAAAAAAGUGUUGCGUGACAAGACAAAACAAGUUUGAAGGGGAUUAGAGUCACGCUAUGUCACGCAUUUUUAGGCAAUUCUUAAAUUGAAAGACUAACUCACAAAUUAGCUGUACGUAGCUCAAUGAAUGAAAACUGCAAGAAGCUCUCGUAGAGAACACAGAAAAGAGAAGAAGGGCUCAAACAUCCUACAUGUUUUCUAUUUGUUUUUAGAAUUUCAAAGAAGAAUGAAGUUUAAUAUCAUGUCGCAAAUUCUACAGAGAUGUUUGUAAAAUAUUAACUUAAAUUGCCUCGCACGGAUGCCAUGUGGUAUGAUUGUUUGAUUGCUUUCAGAGGGUCGGUCAGCGGUGUACUCCUUGUACGCAGUCUCGAAUCAUUCCGGCAGCACCUACGGCGGCCAUUACAUGGCUUACUGUAAACACCCGAUCAGCAAACAGUGGCACUGCUUUAACGAUUCACGGUGAGUUUUGCUUUCUAUGUGAAGUGGAUACGCUUAAGUCUCAUUUGCGCAUCAACAUAAGAUCAGAAUUCCCUGAUAAUGAAGAAAACAGUUGCCAAAAUUGAAAGCGUCUUUUGGGGCCAGCUAUCCCCGAAAAUUUCGGCCCAACUUUUCGUUGAGUGCGAACAGUGAUUCAAGGUUUUUUUUCGGUAUUGCCUUGUCACGUUCUGUGAUUGGUUCAGGAAACUCGUGCCAUCCUCUCAACCAAUCAGAAAACAAACCUAGAACCAAGCGCGCCUGGCCACUCGUAUUUUCCCGCGCCUCAGGCAGUUUGCCUGUGUUGACUCUCAAGUCUGACUGGCUACUUGUGACAUUUCUCUUUCUUCUCCUUGCUCUGAUUUCACAACUAAUGCAACUCAGGAUCACUUUUGAUUGUCAGUUGAAAAGUGCUCUAUUCCACGUGCUAGAAUCCUCAGCAUUUCAUGUCAUUCUUAAAUAAUUUAGGGAAAAGGAUACAGUUCGAACUGAAAAUUACUGAAUCAUGACAACUUUUCCUCCUUGCGACAAACUGGUCACCUCACGAUUAUUUUCGAACGUCUGCGGAAAUAUCGCGAAAUUUCUGAUUUUCUUUAAGUGUUUAUAACAUUGAACUUUCUGUGAAGGUUAACAGUGGUUUGUUUUGUUUUCAGGGUGGAUGAAAUUUCUUCAUCACGGGUUCAAGGAGCACAAGCAUACAUCCUAUUUUACGAGAAAGAUGAAAGAAAAUCAUCGCUAUGACAUGAGGUUCAAACCACAAAUGCUGGCAUUUGCUGGGUAUCACCCAAUCCUUUGAAGCGUGACUCUUAAAAGCUUGCGUGACAUUUGCGUGAUCUUUUUUCUACGGGUAUUAGAGAUAGGAGCGGUGAUUUUAUCAUUUAUCCUGAAGGAGAAAAUCUUCUGCAGGUCGAUCUUGAAAACAUUAUUAAAGUAAGGC